UUUUUUUUUUUUUUUUUUUUUUUUUAUCUGGAUCAUCUGCCUUUAUAUUGCUUCGAUCCUAUACCUUGGAGAUCACCAUAGAAUAGUAGUGCCAGUUUGGUCGAGUCCACCGGACAGCAGCCCUUUGUAGGACAUUUUACCAUCCAGCUUUUCCAGGGACCUUUUCUAGGUUACGAGUCAAGAUGUCUACAAGACAGGAUCUCCCUCCAGAUCCAAAAUGGCCUCGACAUAACGUGGAAAGGGCAGUUGAUGAUGACGAUGCACACUCCACAACCGGAUCUACCAGCUCAGAGGAUUCCUUCGACCAGAUCGAAGCUCUAGGCCGCACUCUAACCAGUCGUUCUCGAAUGUCAGAACCGUCUCUAACUAGGAGAGUCACCUCAAUCGGCACGACGGGGACAGUGGACCCGAACUUCGAAGUCGACUACGAGGACGAGAACGACAUGGAAAAUCCUAAGAACUGGUCGCUCCGGUAUAAAGGCAUGGCUAUCGGAAUGCUUUCCUGGAAUACAUUGAUCAUCGUUUUGCACUCCACAUCGUAUACCUCGGGCAUUUCAAUCAUCGCGGCGGAGUUUGGAAUCUCCAACACUAUCGUCACCUUAGGACUUACCCUUUAUUUGAUUGGGCUUGCUAUCGGAUCUAUGUUCAUGGCGCCAUUGAGCGAGGUGUACGGUAGGAAGCCGGUUUCUCUUGCUUGCCUGGGGAUAUUCACGGUUCUGAUCAUACCGUGCGCUCUGGCGAAGUCGGUGGAGGCAUUGAUCAUUGUGCGUUUCAUCGGGGCCUGUUUUGGAAGUGUCAUGAUCUCUACGGCCCCGGGUAUGGUUUCAGACUUAGUAAAUGAUGAGCAGCGAGCGUUGGCUAUUUCCAUCUGGAGUUUGGGGCCCAUCAAUGGACCAGUGCUGGGUCCUAUUAUUGGAGGCUUUGUAACUCAGUACCUCGGCUGGAGAUGGAUGAAUUGGAUCACAUUGAUGCUUUCCGGCGUGGCGUUUGGUUUCACAUGCAUCAUGAGAGAAACAUACAGCCCCGUCAUUCUGCAAAAGAAAGCUGCACGUAUGCGCAAAGAAACCAAUGAUGAUAGGUGGUGGAGUCGUUAUGACCAGAAGAUUAGUCUCAUCGAGCUGCUUAAAGUGAACUUGACCCGCCCAUUCGUUAUGGCUGUGGCAGAGCCGAUCUGCAUUUUCUGGAACAUCUACAUCGCCAUCGUCUACGGAAUUCUCUAUCUAGGCUUCACUGCUUACCCGAUCGUCUUCCGGGAGAUUCGCGGCUGGUCCCUUGGUAUCUCGGGACUGGCCUUCCUCGGUAUAGGAACUGGAUGCGUGAUCAUGAUCGUCUGCGAGCCCUUGGUCCGCCGCAUGAUCAACAGCCAUAAGCCGCACCCCGAAACCGGAAAGCCCCCGCCGGAAGCAAUGGUCUCGAUCGUGUGCAUCUCCGCCCUUCUAAUCCCAACCGGGGAACUCUGGUUUGCGUGGACCUGCGCUCCGGCAACAAUUCCCUGGAUCGUGCCCAUCCUGGCUGGGGUAUUUUUUGGAUGCGGAAACGCCGGUGUCUUCAUCUAUGCCUCGAAUUACCUCGCCGGGAGCUAUGGCGUGUACGCUGCGUCUGCGAUGGCAGGUAACUCGGUGGUUCGGAGCGUGUUAGGGGGUGUUUUGCCCCUGGUGGGCUCGUAUAUGUACGACGCCUUGGGGCCAAACUGGGCGGGAACUCUGCUCGGGUUGCUAGAAGUCGCAAUUAUCCCGAUUCCAUUUGUGUUCUACAAAUACGGGUAUAGAAUUCGGAACAAAAGUUCCCUUAUCCGGCGGAUGCAGGAAGACGAGAUGAAACUGGAGAAGAAGAAGCAAAAGCGCUUGGAGCAACGGUUCGCUGCUGCUGCUGCGCCGGCGACGACAGAGAUGAAGGAGAAGCUGGAGGUCUAAAAGAGGCAGACUCUUACUUAAUUGAACGAGCAGAGAUAUGAAAAAAAAAAAGAGUUUGGCAGGUUCAGGUUCAGGUUCUCAAAAGUCAUAUACAAGAUACCAUUUAUUGUUUGUCUCAUGUCAUGAAUGACCUUAUUUUAUAACGC